GAGCUAGAAGCUCUUUAGUGGUCGUGUCAAACAUCUCUCGCUCUGUUGGGAACCUGGUCAACAUGCGAAUGCUCGAAAGCAAAUGAGAGCGAGACUCUGAAUAGAUUUUGGAGAUGUUUUGGAGAGUUUGAGAGGUUCUGUCCUGUGGCUAGAAAUUGUGUGGUCACGGGGAAGCUUUUUAGUUUGUGUUCCAAGCUUAUCUGAGGACUUGCAGUCAGGGAUCAAAUAUGUCUUAUCUUCUCAUUGUGGGACUCGUGGUACUGUGGAGUUCACAGCUUCAGUCGGCAUUGAAUCGUUGCGAUACACCUCGCACUGUCCUGCACACAACUCCCUGCACGUCCUGUGCGGCUUCAACAGUUGUAGUCUGUCCGCGAGGUUUCAGGAAAACAUCGAAGAACGCUGGGAACACUGGCUGCAGUUAUGUGGUGGAAAUCGGGAAUCGUCAGGUAGAGCUGCCUGGGUGCUUUCACACCUGCGAGAAGGUGACGACGGUCCAAAGGUGUUGUCCGGAUUUCUGGGGGCCCCUGUGCUUGCCUUGUCCUAGUUGGUCAGGAAAGACGUGUAACGGUUAUGGCACAUGUCUAUCUGGUGACUCGGGGAACGGCACCUGUGUUUGUGAGGAGGGAUAUACUGGGUUUGCCUGCCAGAACUGUGUGAAUAAGAAUGCCUAUGGAGACCACUGCCUUUCAGAGUGCAACUGUGUAAAUGGAAAGUGUAGCUCGGGACCAGACGGGGAUGGAGAAUGUUACUGCCAACCGCCAUAUUCAGGACCAAAGUGCGAUAAAGUUUCUUCAUCUUGUUCAAACUGUCCGGCAUACUCCUAUUGUAAUGGUGACGACACAAACGCUGUAUGUGAAUGUUUGCCUGGAUACAAGAAGAUCGGACUUGCGUGUAUAGGUAUGUGUACAGAAGGCAUCUGUGACGUAAAUGCAAAAUGUUCAUUCAGUAGUGGACAGUUUCACUGUAAAUGUGAAAACGGAUUUGUGGGCAACGGCAAACACUGCGUUCCCAUCAACCCAUGCGACACUGAUAAUGGAGGCUGUCCUAAAGACUCCACCGUCUGUGAAUACAUCGGCCCAGCCAAGUCGAAAUGUGUCUGUGUUCCCGGAACGGAGUCGUCCGAUCCUUCCAACGGUUGCACGGCAAAGUCAGUCUGCACGCCGAGUUCGUGCCACAGGAGUGCUCGCUGUGAGACAAGCUCAGACAUCACGCACAGAUGCCUUUGCAACGCUCAGCAGAUUGGCGAUGGCAGACGUUGCUAUGGUAACCUCAUGGAGAGAGUUCUGGAAAUGGAUAGAGAUGGCAGUCAAGCAGCAAACCUCACUGGAAGCAUUAGACUGUUUGAACAAGGGUGUGAGUUUACUCUGAGUCAGCAUGGCCCAUUCACGGCAUUCAUUCCUGUGGGACAGAAUCCUUUCCAAACGGUUUUAGGCAAGUCCUCGUCCGUUGUGAAUGCAGUGUGCAAAAAUCACCUUAUACUCGGACAGAGACUUUACAAAGAUCUGGAGGGGAACGAUCUGUGGACUUACGGAGGGGAAAAGAUCAGAUUCAAAACAAAAAAGCAAUUCAUAUUGAUACGGGAUCCAGACGUGUUGUUUACAAUCCUUGAGAGUGACAUCCCUGCAUCUAAUGGAAUAAUUCACAUUAUUGACAAGCCUUUUACUCUUGCUCAUGUCGAAUCUUCUAACAACAACCUGGAGUUUUCCUCCAAAACCAUUGGGGAGGUUUUCAGGUAUGAUGAAAGAUUCAAUCGAUUCCUGUCUCUAGUUGAUAAUUGUGGAGCUCUGUUGCCUGUGAGGGGUUCAGGUCCGCUGACAGUGUUUGUUCCAACCAACAAAGCCAUAGACAAAUUCUGAGAUGGAAGUCUCAUGUACAUGCUCAAUGAUGCCAAACCAAAGCUUCAGAUGCUUCUGAAACACCACAUGUUCUCGCUGGCUGCUAUCACUGUGGACCAGCUCGCCAGUAUGUCUGAGAUUACGACCAUGGCCAAUGAGAUCUUAACAAUCAAUGUCUCUGGGGAUGGACGAGUCUAUCUGGGUGAUAAAGGAAUACCAGUCGAAACGAAAGACAUUGUUGCAUCCAAUGGAAUCAUUCACCUGAUUGAUGGAGUUCUUCUACCAUUCUCUAUAGUUCCCAUAAUGCCUCAUCGGUGUGACGUGAAUGAGAGUAGGAUCAUUGUGGGUCCUUGUAUCAGAUGCAGCGAUCUCUUUAAGACACAAUGUCCACCUGGAACUUUUGAGCUGGACAGUCAUCUGAGAGACUGUGAGCAAAUUCCGUAUGCAUUAAUUGAGGCUGGCUGUGCCAAAUACUGCAAAUCUACUCAAAUGCGAGCGGAGUGUUGCAGUGGUUUCUAUGGGCCAGACUGUAAACCCUGCCUUGGAGGUUUCCAGCACCCUUGUUAUGAUAAAGGGACUUGUUUUGAUGGAAUCGCUGGAAACGGCUCGUGUAAGUGUGAACCGGCGUUUAAAGGCAUUGGCUGCCACAUCUGCGCAGACCCAAACAAACAUGGAGAGAACUGUGAUGAAGAUUGCCGCUGUGUUCAUGGCAUCUGUGAUAACAGGCCCAGCAGUAUGGGGGUGUGCAGAAGAGGAUCAUGUCUGGCGGGAUUUUCAGGGGAACUCUGUGACCAGACCACCACCCCCUGCAAUACAGAUGGUGCCUUUGAGAACUGCCACAUCCACGCUAAAUGUGUCUACAACAGCGGUCAAACCAUGUGUGUUUGUCUGCCUGGAUAUGAAGGGGAUGGUUACACCUGCACUGAAAGCAAUCUGUGCCUCAAAGCUGACAGAGGAGGCUGCCACUUCAAUGCCGGGUGUUUAUAUGAAGCAGGUAAGGUCAGCUGUGUUUGUAUGGAAGGUUGGACAGGCGAUGGGACAUUGUGUGUGCAGAUCAAUAACUGCAUGCUGGAAAAUCGUGGUGGAUGUCAUGUAAAUGCAGAAUGCAUAUCCACUGGGCCUGGCCAGAAUGGAUGUAGCUGCAAGAAAGGCUUCAUGGGAGAUGGCGUCGUCUGUAAAAUCGUCAACCCCUGUCUGACAAAUAAUGGAGGCUGCCAUUUACUGGCAGUGUGUAAACUGAAUGAGGACGCAACGCGUGACUGUACAUGCCCAAGUGGAUACGAAGGCGAUGGAAUUAUAUGCUAUGGAAGCAUACUUGAGGAGCUAGAUGGAAACUCUGAAUAUUACAAUUUUUAUCGCCGCCUUGAUAGUCACAUGGUCAUUGAGAGUGACAGCAAAGUUACUGCUUUAGUUCCAUCUAAAAGUGCUUUCAUGAACCUCAGCAAAUCGGAAGAGUUGUUUUGGUUCGAUUAUUACAGGAUGCCUCACCUGCUGCAAGUUCAUUUUCUAGAUGGGAUCUACACCUCUGAAGACUUGAAGAAGCAAGUCGGUAAAACAGUCCAAACCAUCGGCAAGACUAAAUGGGAGAUCCAAAGCAAAGGCAGGGAGCUCAUGAUCGGCAAUGCUACGAUUCUUGUUCCAGACCUAAAGGCAAUCAAUGGAUGCAUUCACAUCAUUGACAAGGUUCUUCAGCCACCGCUAUCUGAUUUCCCGCCACCUCCUCCCAGUCUGAUGGAAGUCCUGAAUAACACGCCAACAUUCAGCCUCUUCACGAAAGCGGCACUGAGCUACAACUUGUCAGACAAUAUCCCAACUAGAGAUUACACCAUUUUUGUCCCGUAUGACAGCGCCGUACAGGAGUAUCUGAAUAAAACGAACUCUACACAACUGCCCAAAGACAUUGUGAAAUAUCACGUGAUUUUAAGGGAGCAGCUCUUUCUCGAGCACUUGGGCGAUGGACUCCUCAAACACACAUUUUUGGGAAAUGGCACUCAAAUCAUGUUUUCUGUGGACAGUGAAAAUCAGACUAUGGCCAAUGAUGUCCCCAUAAAUGGAAGUUUUAUUGAGACGUGGCAUGGCAUUGUGUUUGGCAUCCCGCGUGUCUUAGAUAUCCACAAGAGCCACUGCAGUAAAGAUGUGAUUUUAAAAACCUAUGGUCAAUGUGGAGAUUGUAAUGAAGCACCUAAAUGCUUUCUUAAGGCCAAACCCAUGCAGUCAAAGUUCCCUCCAAAUAUGAAGUCAAAUUGUAGAUACAGGACAAGAGUUGGGAAGAAGAGAAAGAUUGUACCGGGCUGUCGUAUGGACUGUUUGAAAACAACAAAGGACCACUCCUGCUGUCCAGGAUACUUUGGGCAUGAUUGCUUCAAAUGUCCUGGGACUGUGGACAACUGGUGCUCCAACAACGGUCAAUGCUACGAUGGUCUGUACGGCAGUGGGAAGUGUGUAUGUAAUGAGGGCUUUCAUGGAACUGCCUGUGAGAUGUGUGAACCUGGCAGAUACGGAAAAGACUGCAAGUCAGAAUGUCACUGUGAUUUUGGCAAGUGUUUGGAUGGUAUGGACGGAAAUGGGCAGUGCAUUUGUUUAAAAGGUUGGAAGGGAGUGAAUUGUUCUGUUGCAGUCGUUAAUGAUGCCUGUGAUGGAAUUUGUGAUGUCAAUGCCAAUUGUAUUUCAGGAACUCCUCCAACAUGUUCUUGUACGGCUGGUUAUAAGGGCAACGGGACGUUCUGCAAAGAAAUUGACCGGUGUGCCACAAACAAUGGAGGGUGUUCAACAUACGCAAACUGUACAAAAACUUUGCUUGGUGAAAGAAAUUGUAAAUGUAUCAACGGCUACAUGGGUGAUGGUGUUGUUUGUCUCGAAAUCAAUCCCUGUUUAGUGGACAAUGGCGGAUGUGAUCGUAAUGCUUUAUGCAUGAAAACUGGGCCAAACAGGGUCGCGUGCACUUGCAAGCUUGGUUUUAUUUCCCGUGGUCAUACAUGUCUGGCAGGCAAUCCAUGUCGGAAGAAUAAUGGUGGUUGCAGUCUUAAUGCUGCUUGCAAAUACCUCGGCGAUGGGGAGCGCAAUUGCACGUGCUAUAAUGGCUACAAAGGCGACGGUUUUCAGUGUGCUGGGACUGUCAGGAGAGAAAUUCUGCACAAACCCGAGGCUGCAUGGUUACGAAGAAAUUUUGGCGUAUUCAAAAUCAGAGAUUUAUUCAGUUCAGGGCCUUUCACUGUGUUUGUUCCUCAUGCCGAUUACGCUGAUAACUUCACGAUUGAAGCAUGGGUAAAUAAAAGCUACGUUCCAGAUCUGAUGAGGUACCACAUUGUUGGUUGUGAAGAACUGCGUGAAUCCGACCUGAAGUCCGUUAAAGAGGUGGUUACCAGUAGCGGAUAUAAAUUACACUUCAGUGUCAGAGAUGGUGUUGUGUACAUCAACAACAAUACGAAGAUCAUCACGAGUGAUUAUGAGUGUUCCAAUGGAGUCAUACAUUUCAUAGACAAGGUCCUCUCUCCGUACCAACCGACGGACCAGAUGGCAGAGAUAAACACUGAUUUGAAUGUUACUGCCGCUGCUGAACAAUAUGGCUUUAAAAUCUUCAGUAAGCUUCUACAGGAUGCGGACAUGAUGCAUGUGGUGCUACAUCGACUCUUCUACCCUUUCACCAUGUUCUGGCCAACAGACAAUGUUUUCAACAAUCUCCCCGAGGAGAGAAAAACGUGGCUGUACAGUGAAGACCACCGUGACAAACUACAAGCCUAUCUCAAAGCUCACAUAGUUCGCGACCAGAGGACUUUUGCUGUCGCUCUUCCUACUGAGAAAAAAGUCGAAACGUUGUUUGGAACCGAGCUCACCUUCAGCUGCAACAAAGAUUUAAUUGGCGACAUAUUAAUCGGUGGAAAUAAUGCCAGAAUCAUAUCGCGAAACAUGCUGUUUGAUUCAGGAAUCGCUCAUGGGAUCGACCAGCUUCUGGAGCCUCCGAGCAUCGGCGCUCGCUGUGAUGACUUUGAAAGCAUCGGGAUAAAGGGACUUUGUGGUUCUUGCACUGAGCCACCACCAUGUCCCUUUGGAGCCAAAGACACAAACAAAACUGCCGUUUGUAGACGACCCUACAUGCUUUAUAUGCAUAGAUAUCCAUAUUCUAUGAUGCGUAGUUAUGACAGUAUUUACUCGCACGGCUAUGGAUACAACUCCUACAGAGAUAGGCUUGGCUGUGUUCGUAACUGUACAAAAAUGGUAUGGACUUUCAAGUGUUGUAAAAACCACUAUGGAAGAGACUGUCAAGUGUGUCCUGGUGGUCUGGAGGCACCUUGUGGCGAGCACGGCGACUGUGAUGACGGCCAUCUUGGGACUGGGAGAUGUAAAUGUCACACAGGUUUUGCAGGCACUGCUUGUGAGCUGUGUGAAAAGAAUCACUUUGGGCCAAACUGCACAGCAUGUAACUGCACCAGCAGUGGCAAGUGUGAUGAUGGUCUAGAUGGUAUCGGCAGCUGUUUCUGUCAAGAGGGAUGGACGGGCGCAAGCUGUGACGCAAAAAUCGAAGUCAAGCCGGUCUGCUCUCCAGUGUGUGAUCUCAACGCGGUAUGCCUCCCUGAAAAUCAGUGCGAGUGCGUACCACCCUAUGAAGGAAAUGGCAUCAACUGCACUGCUCCGGAUCUUUGUAGUGAUUAUAAUGGCGGAUGCCAUGAAGAAGCAGACUGUCUACAGACUGGCAUCAAUGUAACUUGUUCCUGUCGGAGCAGCCAUUCUGGAGAUGGACACGUUUGUUCCCCCAUCAACCGCUGCGUAGAGGAGGCGAAUGGUGGAUGCAGUGAUUUCGCUGAAUGCAUUUUCACUGGACCAAAUGAGAGGCGCUGCGAAUGUCUCACGGGGUAUGUCGGAAAUGGAAUUCAGUGUUUGGAGAAAGUCAUCCCCCCUGUUGACCACUGCCUGGAGGACAACGGUGGCUGCAAUCCUAAAGCCAUCUGCAAAGACCUUCAUUUCCAAACAAAAACAGCUGGUGUUUUCCACUUACGUUCACCUGAGGGAAAGUAUAAAAUGAACUUUAGCCAAGCACAGGAAGCUUGUGAGGCUCAGGGGGCAACUCUUGCGACCUUCUCGCAAAUCUCUGAUGCUCAACAGUUGGGAAUGCACCUGUGUGUAGCAGGGUGGAUGGAUGGGGGAAAAGUGGGCUAUCCGAUCAGGUUCCCUUCUGCUAAAUGUGGGGACAACCAUGUUGGUAUUGUGCAAUACAAAGAGCCAGUCAAUGCCAGUUGGCCGUUUGAUGCAUAUUGCUACCAAAUGAGAGAGGUGUCUUGUGAAUGUGGACCUGGGUACAUUGGAGAUGGGGAAUUCUGUAAUGGCGACUUGGCCUCUGUUGUUGCUGCUACUACUAAUUUUUCUCUCUUUUAUACAACUUUACUAAAAUAUGCAGAGGAUGGAGUGGAAGGCAAGAACCUCUUGAACUUCCUGUCAGACCCCUCAACAAACAUUACACUUUUUGUACCUCAUAAUGAUGGCUUCUCUGCAAACAAGAGCAUGUCAUGGAGGGAUUUGCAGUAUCACAUAUCUACCAUCAAUAGUAUUCAUUUCUAUGAGGACUUGAAGCACAAAACAGAGAUCCCGACCCGCCUGGGCUCAGAUCUUGUCAUUAUGAUCCCGUCGAACUCCACAAGUAAUUUUGAGGACUCUCAACCCCUGAAACUUGUGAAUAAGAAGGUUAUAUUAGCAUGGAAUAUUGCUGCCAUCAAUGGACUGAUCCAUGUCAUUGACGGUCCAUUGACAGCACCCCCUAUUAAUGUGGCCCCAGUUCUUCCAGUCUCCCAGUCUAGUGGUGUCGCAGUGAUCACGGUUAUUCUGAUAAUUAUAGUCAUUGUCUGCAUUGUGGCUGGAAUUGCGUACUAUGUCAUCAAGCAUAAGAACGAUGCAUUUCGAUUCCAGUAUUUCAAGAAUGAUGAUGAAGAUGGUGCUUCUACAAAGGCUGGUGGAAACCCUGCUUUGGUAUCCAUUCCAAACCCUUUAUACAGUGGCUACAGGGCAUUUUUAGAGCCAUUUGGGGAGGCUGCUACAGACACACCCAACCUCAUGGACUAGCAGUAGCAGAGCUGACCUUUCCCAUGUUUACCUGCAAUCAGCAACUACUACAAAGAGCCAUGCCAAAGGAAGCGUGCUCAAUAACUUUGUAGAUGGUUAAACCAAGAGAUAAAAGGCUUAAAUGCUCUAUGACCCUUUUUCUAUUCAACCUAUAUUGUGUUAAUAAUUAUGUAUAUUGUUGGACCUUUGCAGUUCAUGGUAAUAUGAGGCUAACAAACGUCAAUGUUUGAUUUUAAGGACAUUUUUGAUUACUUUUGAUUAGUAUUGCAUAUACUCCUCUUAAUGUUCAAUGUAAAAUCUGGGCCCUGAUGCAAAACCAGUUAAGAACCGCUAUCAUAGACAACAUUACCAUUACACGUGUCUUUGAAUUCAAUAAAGCAAGCAGCUGUUUUAGGGAGUUUUCUUGUCUAGGCCAAUCGUAAACUAUAUCAGAUAUCAAGGGACUAUUGGUUCUUAUUAAAGUCUUCAACUCCAGUGAAUAAUCCCAGAGGUCCCGUUGACAAUAGAAGGGUAUUUUUUUACAUUGUUCCGUCAUAAUGCAGACGGUUGCCUCAGCAAAGAGAGAAGCGUGAAAAUUCCCCAGCGGAAAACGACCACCUGUUCAUAUUAUAUGACAAAAGACAACAUCCUUUAUGACCUGCUAUGGACCAGAUAAGGAAAUGUAUGAAAAACAGCUAGAUUUGCAUUUCCUUAUCAACAUAUGAGUGUCAGGCACUAAAGUUAGAGUGUUUUAGGUCAAUUUAGAUUUUAUGAUUUAUUUCCAUGUAAAUGAAAUGCAGUGUUAGAUCCAUUUGGGCCCCCUAACAGCCUUUUAAGCCACUUAUUUUAUGGUAAAUUUGCUCAUAUGGAGUGAUUUUACUCUGUAUAGAAGCAGAAUCAUACUGACAAAUAUAUCGUGUUUUUUCACAUUUUUUAAUGUCGCACAGAGGCAGAAAAUCAGGGAAACGUGAUUGAAUCACUCUCAGGAAUGUUGAUUGAUAUGCGGGUGUAUCACAAGCCAAUUUGACUUUUACUCGUAUGCAGGAUAGGAAUGGUUGAUAUCAAAAAUAAAACAAAAUUAUUUUUUAUAUCAGUAAUUAUAUUUGCACUAGUAAAAACUUUGAUUCUUGGAAUAAAAUUCUUGAUUUCUGUUUAAUUAAUUUCCAUUAGUAGAAUUUCACCAUGAUCUGUCAUCCUCUCCUGUUCAAAAUGCAAUUACAGAUUUCUAAAAUGAAUUAAGUUGAAAUUUAAAUUUUACAUAUCAGCAGUGCAUUUAUUACUAGUAAAAAGUAUCAUUUUUAUAUAAAUAAUUAUAUUGCUUCUCAUGGAAAUUAACAUUCCUGAUAUCAACAACUGAACUGCAACAAGUAAAAAUGCAAUUUUGGUUUUCAUUAGUGCCAAUGUUAGUUUGUGGUAUAUGUAAUGUGCUUGUUUCUCUCUCUCUCUAUAUAUACACAGGUAUAUAUAUAUAUAUAAA